GUCAGUCAACCCAAUUCAUGUCCUGGUCGCCGGCAAACAAGGAGGCAAGACUCGGUGCUCAAGGCCAAGACCCGAUCGUCCCGGAGCCGGUCUGCAAGUUCACCCGUCGGAUCGUGUUCUCUACCGUAUUCUCCCGUAAGGGCAACUAUGCCAAGCGGAGUCGGGUGCCGGAGCUCCCGUCUAUCUGGCCGCCGUCGCUGGAGUAUCUAACGGCUGAGAUCCUGGAAGGCUGGCCAGGCAAAACGCCGAGCCCCUAUGACAACAAGAAGACCCGCAUCAUCCCCCGACACCUCCAGCCUGGCUGGUCCCGCUACGACGAGGAGCUCAACAAGCUGCUGGCGGCGUCACCAUCGCCCAGGGAGGAGUUCCUGCCCAACAUCCAGGCCGUGGCUGCUCGCCCAAGAAGAGCGUGGAGCAACAAGGCCGCCUAAGAGCAAGUAA